CUCUGCGCUCUGCGCUUUAUCUUCCACAUCCAAUCAUGUUACUGUCCGGCGUCCUGACGGUCACCUUGUCCUGCCUGCUGGCGCCGCCGCUGCUGCUCUACCUGCCGCAGGUGUCGGGGCAGAAGCACGGAUCCCGGUGGCUCAUCGGGGACCGGGACUGCGGGGUCUCCUGCUCGCGGACGCAGGGGAAGCCGGUCUGCGGGUCGGACGGCCGCAGCUACGAGACGGGCUGCGAGCUGCAGAGGGCGCGCUGCAAGGACAAGACGCUGGCGCUGGCGCACCGCGGACGCUGCCGAGGUAAAAACUGGGUGAGAACGGAGCAGCUGCCGGCGGCGCCGGCGCCGACGUCCACGCCGGAGGGCCGGGAUCUGGAGCUCAAAGAUGCAGGACAGUCCAAGUGCCGCUCCGAGAGGAACCAGGCCCUGAAACAGGCCCGGACCCCGCAGGAGUCCAUGUUCAUCCCAGAAUGCAACGAGGAUGGAACGUUCGCCCAGGUGCAGUGCCACACUCUGACUGGCUACUGCUGGUGCGUCACUGUUGAUGGGAAACCAGUGAGCGGAUCAUCAGUGCAGAACAGAACACCAGUGUGUUCAGGAAACUUCCGUGAAUAUAUGGGAACUCAUGUUGGGACAAGCGGAUUGUCAGGGUCAGUAACCGAUAAACCACCUGGGCCGCCUAACUCUGGUAAAAAAGUCUCUUUCCGUUUCUUUCUCACCCUGAACCCAGACGACGGCUCCAAGCCCACGCCGACCAUGGAGACCCACAUCCCCUCGGAGGGCGACGGGACGACGCCGCCGACGCUGUGGACGAGGCAUCUGCCGACCAAGAACUACUCCACCUCCAGAAAGCAAGAGAAAGUUCCCUCUUGUGACCAGGAGAAGCUGAACGCCCUGGAAGAAGCUCGGCAGAGUCCCCACAAACCCAUCUUCAUCCCGGACUGCGGGCCCGGGGGUCUUUACAAAGCAGUGCAGUGCCACCAGUCCACGGGCUACUGCUGGUGCGUUCUGGUGGACACGGGCCGGCCCAUCCCUGGAACCUCCACCAGGUACCAGAAGCCGGAGUGUGACGGAGCGGCGCGAUCUCGCCUCCCGGACAUCGAGGACCCGUUCCAGGGCCGAGAGCUCGCAGGCUGCCCCGAGGGGAAGAAGGUGGAAUUCAUUACGAGCUUGUUAGAUGCCCUCACCACAGACAUGGUGCAAGCCAUAAACUCACCAGCCCCCUCUAGUGGCGGGAGGUUUGUUGAGCCCGACCCCAGUCACACUCUGGAGGAGAGAGUGGUACACUGGUACUUUGCCCAGUUGGACAACAACGGUAGCCAUGACAUCAACAAGAAGGAGCUAAAACCUUUCAAGAGGUACCUGAAGAAGAAAGCCAAACCUAAGAAAUGUGCCCGCAAGUUCACCGACUACUGUGACCUGAAUAAGGACAGGGCUAUUUCCCUGCAGGAGCUGAAAGGAUGCCUGGGCGUCAGCAAAGAGGGAAGCUCAACGACGAGUGACAACAAAGGGACAAGGCAAGGGACAAAUUUGUUCAUAGGUCGUCUGGUGUGAGAAACGAGGCGUCGCAGAGCUGAGGCCGGAGCGGAGAGAGAAGGCAUCGGGAUGCUUGCUGGCAGGAAAGAGGAGGCUGGAGCAGAAAAAUAAAGAAGUUCCCGAUUUUACAAAAAAAAAGAAAAUGGAAAGAAAAAAAAGAAUAGAAAAGCAAACAAAGCUGCGCCAAAAUAUUUGCACUUUCUCCUCCCUGUGUUUGACAUGUUAACUGUUUUUACGUGUUUUUGUUUUCUCUGAAGAAAAGAAUGAGAAUAUAUUGUAAAGAGAUGUCAGGCUCACCACUGGAGGUGCUCGUACAUGCAUGCAACCACGUCUCACAUUUCAUUUUUGUCUUUAGACGGCAGGAACGGGCGAUAAAACCCAACUAAACGAAUGCAACGUACCCCCCCCACCCCCUUCCAAACCACAGCAGCCCACGGAGCAGUGGCAGAAACGCAGCUUGCCAAACACACCAAUUGCAUUGGUGAAAACGUAAAGUUGCUGCAAAUAAACCGACUAAAGCGUCAUUUUAAGCACAGAAUUAGCUCACAUAACACGUGCACGUCCUUUUAUAGUCCAGAACAGGUCUGCUGAUGACCACGAGACCUGUGUUGUCAACAGACCUGUUCGGACUGCGGCGACAACCUGACGGUGAUCCGUUCCCUCGAACUCGGCGUGUCGACGCAGGGAAACGUCUAAAACACGCAGGAAUCCGGCGAUAUCUGAGGUUUUUUUUGCUUAAUUUUCUUUUUUUUAAAUUCAUAUCUGUACGGAGGAAAAGUUGCUGUAAGCAGCUUCUUUAAAGUCCCGCCCAAACCCAACGUGACCUGCACAGGUAAACUGUUUUUAUGGAGCACAGACGCAAUGAUGAUAAUACGUUUGCUGGUCUGGUUAACUAAUAAGACAAUGAAAGCAUUUACGCUCUGUCACUUUGCUGUAACCUGACGUUCGCUUCCCCACAAAUGCAACUCCACGUCAGUCAGUCUGCUUGCUGAUUGUAUCUCCUUGUAUGCAUUACAGCGCGACGCAGACAAACCCCAACGGCGUCGUCGAUAUCGUGGGCGUAGAAGUCCUGAACAACCGCCACGAACAGUAAAAGUAACUUCUCCUCAGCGCGGGAUAAGUGACACAAACCUUUGCAUCGCAGUCGAGAUAUUUUAAAGGUAUUUAUGGACGAAUGGCAGCACAAACGUAAACAUCAACUCUGUUGGUCAUUUUUCCAGGUCCAGGUCUCCGACAUCAGAUACUGAGAAAACUGUACAAACAGUAACUGGAUCCUGGAAAUACACCUAGAGAUUCUUUCGCUAAUGAACAAUCUAGCAAUAAAAUGGUAGCUGAUCACCAUAGCAACGCCCUGCCCUCCAUGGCUCUAAUUGGCCAACUUCACCCGCAUCAUAUCACUCGUUUUCACGAACUUCCGGAGCUAAUAACGUGACUCUAGUGUUCUGUACAUCAGCGUCUGAUUAGCUAGAGUGCACAAGAUUAAUUUAAGGUUUUCAGACGCUCUAUAAAAUAUAGUUUUAUAGAGGCGAAACAGCCUGAAACUGUCUUAAAAUCCACGCGAGGAGGAAGGGCAUUCACACCUCUCUUUUAUUUACCACAACACUUUUAAAUCAUUUAAUCCAUUCUUUAUCGUCUUCAACAUGUUUUUUUUCCCCUUCUCGCGUCGCGACUGGUUAAGAUGAGGUGGAGAAGUCUCUGCUGGUACAUCGGGUGGGAAACGGGGUUCCUCAGGGCUCAGUGUUGGGUCACAGAGGAAUCCGCAGUUACGUAGGCAUCGUGUCACUUAACGAAUGACACAAAGAAUCGUUUUUUUUUUCAUUUUUAAUCCUUUUAAUUAGGGUUGUAUUUGCCGUCCCCUCCCUCUACCAUUGUCUCGCAGUCACUCAGGAUUAGGGGUUGCUUGAAAGUGAAGAUUCAGUGCAGCCAGGCUGUUUCAUAUAUAUAUAACCUUUGACUCUAGGCUUCAUUGGACUGAAUUAAAUUGUUUUUAACUAACUUAAACUAAACUUGUCCUCUGUGUAAAAUGCCUUGAGAGGUUUUCUGCUGACAGUUGGCACUGCAUGAAUAAAGAAAAAGUGAGGGAAGCGACACUAAUCACGUUUAAAGUCACCUCCACACCUCGUUUUUGGCCUUUAGCUGUUCAGAUGAUCAAAAUAAAAUCUAUCUGGAAACGAAAACAUCCAUCUGGGCUGGCAGUGUUAGCACAGCCUCAAACUAGCUGGUUAAGCUUUCAACUUAGGUCUAGAAAAACAUCGUGGUUUGGAUUAACGUGCAAUAUUUUGACGUACUAAUGUUGCACGUGAGCAUGACAUGUUGAACCACUAAAGGAUGCAUGGGUUUGAAAUGUAAACUUGUGGUCCUGAGUCCAUUGUUUUUUCUUUGUGCACGGCCUUGAAAAUAAUCCCAGCGCGUCCGUACGCUGCUCUGCCGCUCACAUCCAAGCGGCCAUCAAAGAAGUGAGGGAAAGGAGGCAGAGAAAACUUCCCAGAAUGAGAAACAUCAGUCCGUCAUCUUCGACUACAACCACAGAUGAGAGAUUUUACAUUCAAAGAAAAUGGUUUUUAGAGCCACAGGUGACUAAAACCGACAAGUAAAUGGAGGGAAAAAAGAAAAAGGUUUGAGAAAUGAGCCCUUCUCAGCUGUCGUGUUCAUUAGACGGAUCUAUUUAGUGUUUUUAACGCCUUCGUCGUCGUCGUCGCCCUCCCUCCAGCGGUCAAUGCCAGUAGUCCAGAAACUCUUCACGCGUUGCAUUAUUGAAGCUCGAUCAUCUCUCGUACAGUAAGACACGGCAGCAAGUUUCUAAAAGAUGCCUCUGCAAGAGUCCCGAGCGCAGAUUCUUCCUCACAUUUGGGAACAAUUGGGUUUCAGAGGAGAAGCACGCUUUGGCUGUUGCGGUUUGAAUGCUGGUGCAUUUGUUUUGAGUUGUGCAUUUCUGAAGAGUCACUGCGAUGGCUCACGGACACGAGACAAAGGCUUCUGUUGUAAAUAUGUACAAUAACCUGUGUUUGUUUGUUUUACUAAAUCUCCUUUUGGGGGCUUUUGGAUGUUCAUGUACUUGACUGUAAUCCUGGAAAAUCUGCUUCCCUCUUCUCUUGUCUCCGUUUACAUCAUGUCAGACGUUAGGCGCUUACAGUAGCUCGUUCACGACGUUGAAAACGCGUAGACCGGAUCGUACGUUAUCUGCUCCGAGGACUGUUUAUUUUAUCUGCGCAGUGGUUAUUUUACUACUCCAGCUUGUGUUUUACAGUUUGUCUUGAUCACUACACGCCGUCAAGAAUGUAUAUGGUAUCUGGUGCUUAAUUCAUCGCAGCCACAAGUCCAGUUGUGUCUAAUUUUGAACUGAACAUUUAUGCCAAGAAUGAGGAAAGAAGCCCGUCUUGCUCCGGUCCAGGUCUGAACACAAGGCCGCUGUGUGUCUGCUCAAGUGUUUCCAGACGCCGCAGAUCACAUGAUCUUAAAAAAACGCGCACACAGGCUGACAAUCACUGCAGAUCACGAUGGACAAGCAGCAGAGACGGGCCGGAGCCGACGGCCGGGCCAACCUGGCAACCCGGGCACCUGGCAGGCUCACCAAGACCAGUUUGUUGUGUUUUUUUUUUUUGUUUGUUUUUAUUCACUGCUGAAGCUUAUGGAAAUAAAACAUCUGAAUAAAGUUGGUCAGUGUGUAAAAAUCA